AAUCAUCGCGCGCAAGGUAUCAAGGGGAAAGCAGCGAUGGCGGCGGAGAUCCAUUCCAGGCCUCAGAGCUCCAGACCCGUCCUGCUGAACAAGAUCGAGGGCCACAGCGACGGCGUGAAUGCGGCCGUGCUGAUCCCGAAGGAGGAUGGAGUUAUCACGGUCAGCGAGGACAGUGGAGUGUUCGCUAUGGUCAAGUCUUUCUGUUUGUGUCCAGCUCCGUGUUCCUGUAUAUCAUAUCACCAUGAGAGCAGGCGGAUCUUCAUAGGCCAGGACAACGGGGCUGUUGUGGAGUUCCUCAUCUCAGAAGACUUCAACAAAAUGAAUCAUGUCAAAACAUACCCAGCUCAUCAGAACCGUGUGUCGGACCUCAUCUUCUCUCUGGAGAGUCAGUGGGUGAUCAGUACAGGUCAUGAUAAAAGCAUCUGCUGGAUGAGCACUCAGAGCGGCUCUAUGCUGGGACGCCACAGCUUCGGCUCAUGGGCUUCCUGUUUACAAUAUGAUAGCGAUACCCAGCAUGCUUUUGUGGGAGAUCAUUCAGGGCAGAUCACUCUGCUGAAACUGGACGAACAGACGUGUUCUGUCAUUACUACACUAAAGGGACAUGAAGGUAGUGUUGGUGCGUUAUAUUGGGAUCCGGUUCAGAGGUGGCUGUUUUCCGGAGCGUCUGAUAACAGUGUGAUCAUGUGGGACAUUGGUGGCAGACAGGGACGCACAUUACUACUGCAGGGACACCAUGAGAAGGUCCAGGCGCUGUGGUAUCUGCCGCUGACCCAUCAGCUGGUGUCCUGCUCUGCUGAUGGAGGAAUAACAGUGUGGAACAUGGAGACAACACGAGAAGAGGCUCCUCAGUGGCUGGACAGCGAUUCCUGUCAGAAAUGCGGACAGCCGUUUUUUUGGAAUAUAAAGCAGAUGUGGGACUCUAAGACCCUGGGGCUCAGACAGCAUCACUGCAGGAAGUGUGGUAAGGCGAUCUGUGGGAAGUGUAGUUCUAAACGCUCCACGUACCCCAUCAUGGGCUUUGAGUUCCAGGUGCGCAUGUGUGACGACUGCUACGACACAAUCAAAGAGGAAGAUCGGACUCCUCUGGCUACGUUUCAUGAAGGGAAACACAACAUCGCUCACAUGGACAUGGACCCGAGCCGAGGACUGAUGGUCACGUGUGGGAGUGAUCGAGUUGUUAAGAUCUGGGACAUAGCGCAGGUGGUGGGCAGCAGUGUAGCGGCGGGAUUCUCUCCUCGCUGAUUGGCUGUUUCUGAAGGCACCGCCCACACUCCGCAAUCAGAUGUCAUGGAAACGCUCACCUACCUGUCUAACUCUCUCUCGUCCUUCAGCUGUGGAGUCUGUGCAAAACGGACACUUCAACACGGUGUAUGUGAAUAUGUGUGUCAUUGGAAUGCUCCUUGAUUUUAUGAAUCUGGUCUUCAUGUCUCUUAUGAGGUAUGAUGACCUGGAUUUGAGCGAACAUGAACUCAAGGUACUUCUGAAAGCACAAUAUUUGCGCCCUUUCUCUCUCUGUGUGUGUGUGUGCGCGUAGCUUCGUCAUUACAGGCUGAAGGUUUCUGGCAUUUUGUACUUGUUGUAUUCCCUCUAUCCAGAAGUACCAUUCAAACACAGGAAGCAUUCCUUCAUCCAACAUCCUGUUUCUUCUUCAGCCAUCUUUCUUGUUUAUCCUUUUUACCCUUUUUGAAUUUGAAUGCUACUACUGGUCAUAGUAACCAGCACUCGUGUUACCAUGGAAAUUAGUGUUCCAUAGUAACGAUGGAACAUUCCCGUACAAACUUGUCGUUUUCCCUCUAAAAUGUCAGGCAGGUAGAUGAGCAACAUUAAGUGUAGCUUAAAAUUCAUGGAGCAUUUUAGGAUUAAACGCGUUAAGUUAGUACAGUAGUGUUCAGCUGUAAAACACUAUUUAUUGCACUAAUCAUCGUUCUCUUUGAUUUAGGGACAAGUUAAAAUAUGGAAACUUGUUUCUGCCUUGCGAGUAAAAAAAAAAAAAAAA